UUAGGAUUCGCUAGGAACCUUUUAUUAGUGGAAAGCACUUUGCACUGACAGCCUUAAUUUGGACUUGGGGUGCUCUGAAAAGCCCAGAAGGGAGGAAGUCUGGUUCCUUUGGGCUCUUCUAGUAAUAGCAACUCGUCGUUUCUAUGGGCUUGCCACCAGGUGGGGUGGUAAUUCCAUUUGCUUUUAGGUGAGAGGCAGCUGAAUGGCUGGGACUGCACGUGGUGGUGGGAAGCACACAGAGAUCUAAGCAAAGAGGUGCUCUGGAACACAGUGCAGGCAGCUUGGAUGGAGUGUUUUGCAGAAGGAAGUAAAUCUGAGAUGGUGUGUUUUCAUUCCAAAGCAGCUCUUGUGUCUGCUGUUGUAUUUCGGUUUGUUCUAACAGCUGUUGUAUUUUGGCCCAAUCAACUUGAGUUUAUAGCAGGUUGGCACUGGGAAGCUGCAGAUUCACACCUGAGGGAUCUACCAUAGGAGCACUGCAGGUUUUGAUCUGCUUAUGAAGCAGAUGUGGGUGUCAAUGAAAAGGUAACGUGCCUUCUGUGUUGGCUUCAGAACUCCUCAUCUCUGCACCAAGGCUUAGCUGUUAUUCCUUAUAACUACACUGGGUGCAAUGCAGAUAAUCCUGGCUUUUUGUGUAUUGUUGUAAUCAGGGAAUAUGGGAUUACUGUGAGUAAAAGGCAGAUUGUGCAAGUGGAGAUGAGGGGUGUAGUAACAAGUUUCUUGCCUGACUUUUCAGCUUCCUUUCCAGCUUUAUGCACAGUUCAUACAGCAUUUACAAAUGGCUUUUGGCUUGCUGCAUGGCUCCUUUAUUUGCUUGAGAUCCCUCCUCAUGCAGAACUGAUGGUGUACUCUGAGUUACUCCAAUUAAUGUGGAAUGGUGCACUUUUGAGCAACUUAUUCCUAUUAUCUUUUUUUGCAGACAGAGGUUCCACGCUCUUCUAGGUGCUCAGAUGCUUUGGAACUGUUGCAGCUGGGAUAUAAGCACAGCAAGUUGAUGGAAACUCGUUCAGGAAAGAAAUGCUUAUUUGCUGAGGUAGAGCAAGAGCUGAGGAGGGCUUUGCCAGUUUUCAGCCUGGGAAAGGAGCAGCGUGGACACAUCAGUGAUCAACGUUUGGAGGUACCUGAAAUCCUGCCAGGUGUGACACCAUUUCUGCAUCCUAACAGCUGCCAUCAGGACUCACUGCUCAUCGUCUCAUUAAAGUGAAGGCAAACCCAGCUAAAGAGGGAGAGAAACCUAAACUCAGGAAAACUUUAUCUGCUCCUCAUGGACCGAGGUACACCCUCAGCUUCUUUAUUUAUCCCUGGUUUAACUGUGUGACCGGUGAGGAUCUGACUCUGUCCCUAGAAGGCUGAGCACUUGGCAGGGAUGCUCUCAUCCUCUGCAGAAGAGUGGUGACUGUGGCAGCUCCCUGCCAGGACAGGAUGAGGACUUGUCAUAGGUGCCCUUCGAAGGAGGAUGGAUGGGACCUCGUUGUUCCUGCUUUGCAAUGAACACAGCACCUUAAAUGACAGAAAGUGAAGCCUUUUCCUGAAGAGGAGCAACCAAACAGCCCCCUCCUAAUGAGUUUGUGUCUGCAGCUCCGACCUGAGCAACUCUUGCCCUGAGCAAUCUGACUUCUCUGGGUUUCAUAGCUAAAGAGAAGUCUGUGUCUGUACCUCUUAUUGGUGGUGAAGGUUUUUGUGCUUGGAGAGUGCCCUUCCUGACUUGGCCCCUCCCUUUGCAAAAUGAAGGGCUGCACCUGGGUGUUUGUGGCCACUUUGCUUUGCCACCAGUUCUGCUUCUUCAGAGUCACGGCAGCAAAGAAAGAGAGAAAGAUGAAGAAAGAACCCAAUCAGUACACGGAGCCUUUCAAUGCCACCCUAUCCAACAGCGAGGAGCUGCACGGGCAUCCCAAGAUCCUCGAAUCUCCAGACCCUCGAAUCACAGACCCACGGCGGACCUGGAUCUCCUUUGUCCACCGCCCAGAUGAUGGCAACACCUCUAAAAGGAAAUGCAAAGGCAAAGACAAGAAAUUACGUGGUCUUGUUGGGCCUCCAGGGCCUCCAGGUCCCCAGGGUCCCCCAGGAGCACCUGGUGCUGAAGUCACCCGCGAAGUCCUGUUGCAGGAGUUUAAGGAGAUAUUAAAAGAAGCCAUUGAGCGUCGGGCAUCCUUGGCAAUUUCAGCACAUCCCAGCCAGCUGCCUCCACUCCUGCUCUCCUUGGAGGAAGUUUCACCCUACAGACGCGUAGAGGAGGCGUUCCACUGCAAGCUAAAAGGACAAGUCGUCGUAGAUAAAAAGACCCUGGUAGAACUUCAGAACUUCCAGUCGCCUUUGGCCAAAGGAGCUUUUCUCCGGGGGACGGGGUUAAACCUGGCAACGGGGCGUUUCACAGCACCCGUGUCUGGCAUCUACCAGUUCUCAGCCAACGUCCACAUUGAUCACAGUGAGUUGAAGAGCAAAGUCCAGCUCCGAGCCAGAGAUAACGUCCGAGUGUUGAUCUGCAUUGAAUCUCUGUGCCACCGAUACACGUCUUUGGAAGUCAUUGCUGGUUUGGAAAGUAACAGCAAGAUCUUCACUGUCUACGUGCAUGGCUUGCUGCAGCUGCAGGCUGGCCAGUACACCUCCAUCUUUGUGGACAACAGUGCUGGAGCUCCCAUCACCAUUCAGAAUGGAUCCGAUUUCAUGGGCGUGUUAAUGGGCGCGUAGCAUCAUCUGCAGCACUGCAGCAGGGAAGAACACGAGUUACAGCCUUACAACAUAUACCUGACUGAAGAAACCUUUACUUUGACUCUUGAAGACCGCUUCACGUAACUGUUGGCAUCUUUUUAAACAAGCAAAGAGCCUUUCCUUUUGCAGAUACUUCAGCUUUGCUUUCAGAGGCUGCUGCUUCUCGAGGUCCGCACCAGUUCAUUCACCUUAAAGAGAAAAGAAUACACUUAUAACUCAGAAACAAACUCUGUAAUAUUUAACAUGUGCUUCACCAAGAUGCUCACACCGAGAUUUGGCGUUCGUUGUAACUUUAUUUCACAUGAUUACACUUGUAAUCAGCACGUCUUCGGGACUGAUUGCGGGGUGUUUAAGUUUGUAAAUGAAGGAUUGAGAGGGGAAGUAAAACAGUGUCUGUGUUCCAUGCGUUGUGGAGGAAGGAGAUGAGAAUUUGUCAGCAAAACUGUUUUUCACACUAUUGUAAAUGGUGUAGGGCCCUCUCUCAUGUUCAGACUGAGAUAUGUUUGACAAGUAGCAUGUUGAAUUCUCAAGCAAUGCCUGUUUGCAAAGAAGGGAAUCCAAGGGUUGAACUGUUAUAUGGUGGUUCCCUAAACCUAAGUAUGUCUCUCUGAUCUUAGUGAUGAAGCCAAAUACCUCGCUGCCUGCGCAGUUUUAUUUUUAUAGGCAUCAGUUCUAGCAAUGAACUCCCUCAGUUAUGUUCUUAUGUUUUAGUAAGAUAUAUUUUGGCUCCGGGCUGCGUCAUACACACACACACACAGCAUCCUCUCAGGUGUCAUGUUGUGGGUGUUGUCAUUUCAUUGGGUUUUUCCCUUCAGCAGACACUUGGCCUUUUAAUGAUGCAACUUAACUAAGGAAGUGGCUGUUCAGCAGUUUCAUAAAUAGAUGGCAGCGGGGCCCCAAGUGGAGUCCAGAUACUCUUGAACAUCUGCAGUGAAUGGAAGAUACCUUCAUACAAUGAGAACCAACACCGCUAGGGACAGCAGAAGGUGUGCAAACAUGAGACAGCAGUUCACCACAGUAGUGAUUGUUGGGGCUUCACAAAGCAUGUAACUCACAUGAAGAUCAUUAAACCCUACCAACAAGGAUUGGGCUGUUUACAUUGGGUUUUGGUGGAGUAGGUGUAGUCAGGGCACAUGGCCUAUAUCCCAGUCUGUAUUAUUAUACUGUACUUUCUAAUGCGUGAAUAUCUGUAAUAAAUUGGGCUAUUCUGUGCACGACUUGCAGCAACAGAA